AUGGAGAUGAAUGGUGCCAGCGAUUCGGAAGCCUCCUUCAGCUAUUCGUUCGAUGAUUUCCUUCAUGGACACAAAGCUCAAUUGGAGGCAGCCUCGGUCCCUAUUCAACUUUGGCCGGCGCUCUUCGAGAAAUUGAUCAAUUUGAAGUUUGAUGCCGGAAAUCAUUUCCAAAUCGUGAAAUACGAAGAGGGAAAAGGGGUAUUUGCCAUUGAUGACAUCGAUCAUUUGAAUGAGGAAAGCGUCUUUUUGAUUGAUCAUGCUUGGACGUUCAGCCCAUCACAGGCACGCAAAUUCUUGGAAAAUGUGCCCGGUUUGGUUGAGAGAAUGGCGGCACUUUUUGGAUCAGACAACACGCCUUGUGGAUCGGAAGUGAGUGAAGAAAGUGAUGAGGAUGAGGUGAUUUUCGAGAAUGAAAAGAAAGAGCGAAUCUCGGAGUGUGCCGAUGUUAAGGAGAUUGAUGGCUCUUUCCCUAGACAAGACUCGGUUGAUGCAAAUCUCUGUCGUGGUGCGAAUGAUGACUUGCAAAUUGAUCGUUUGCUCAAAGAAAUCUGGCGGUACGCGCAUACAUACACAAUGCGCAAGAAGGAAAUUGUUGAUGAAGAAGGAAUGCCUGUUUGGUAUGUGAUGGACGAGUUUGGAAGUCUCAUCGGACACUCGGAGACGCCAAAUUGCCGUGUUGUGCCUUUCUUCUUCACUCCUCACGAAUGUGCCUAUUCUUUGCUGUUUUUGACAAAAAGUCUUGAGAAAGAGGCUGAACUUUGUCGAGAUUAUGUUGAUACAACGGUGCUCAAGAAGAACCCAAGCUGGAGGCACAUUUUGAUGUACCCAUGGUUUGGCGGAGAAUUUGAUGAACCUUUGGAGAGAUUGAAGCCGACAAAGGAUUUCUUUCUUUCUGGACGAAAAAUGGAUGACUUGCCAAAUGAGGAAGAAAAAACUCAAUGCAGAAAAGUGGCUCGGAAAACGGGAGGCAAGCUCAAAGUCUAUUCGGAUUCGGCUCAAAUGCUCAACAAUCUUGACAAGGUUGAAGUGGAGUUGGUCGAGGAUUGGCACGAAGCGGAUGUGAUUUGGAUGAGCAAGCAUUUUCACGAUUACCGCAAACUCUGCACCGAAAAUCCAAAAGCUUUGAUCAACCAGUUUCCAUAUGAGUCGUGUUUGACGGUGAAAGAUCUCUUGGCCGCCAAUCUGCAAGCGGAAAAUGGAGAUCACGAGCACCCAUGGUUUCAAACUUGCUUCAACCUCACAACCGAGCUUCCACUCUUCUGUAAUUAUUUCAAGGAACGCGAGAUGAAAGGACUUGAGAAUACGUGGAUUGUUAAACCGUGGAACCUGGCUCGAGGUCUUGAUAUGCAUGUCUCAAACGAUUUGGCUCAGAUCAUUCGACUCAUUGAGGCUGGCCCAAAGGUCGCUUGCAAAUAUAUUGCAAAUCCGGUGCUUUUCAAGCGACCCGACAAUCAACAUAUGGUGAAAUUUGAUCUUCGCUUCAUCGUUUUUGUAGAAUCACUUCGACCUGUGAAAGCAUACGUUUACAAGAAGUUUUGGACUCGUUUCGCUAUCAAUCAGUUCACGUUGACUCGUCUCGACGAUCCGGAGACACAUUUCACAGUGUUCAACUAUGCCGACAAGAACAAGAUUCUUCAGAUGCAAUGCGAGGAAUUUGUGAAGCAGAUUGAGAACACGCAUAAACAGCUGAAAUGGGUUGAGGUGGAGAAGAAGAUCUAUGAGUCGAUUCGGGGACUACUUGAGGCUGCCAGCAAAGACGAUCCGCCAUGUGGAGUGGCCGAGAAUCCACAAUCGCGAGCCAUGUACGGCGUUGAUGUGAUGCUUCAGUGGAACAAUCGUGAGAAGACCGAUUUGGGUGUGUCGAUUCUUGAAUGCAACUUUAUGCCCGAUUGUGAGCGAGCCUGUCUCUAUUACGAGGACUUUGCUGACACCGUUUUCGAGACGCUUUUCUUGGGAAAUAUCAACUCGGAGAAAGUGAUCACCAUU